CACCACUCUCCGUUCCUGUAAAUAACAACAAUGGCCGUCAUUCACCGAGCUUUGUUUACCUGGUUCACUACAUUGGACUUUUUAAUUUUUCUGGUGUUAAAGUUAGAUCAAAAAAUAAGUUGGAAUUGGUUUCUUAUUUUCAUUCCAUUGUGGGUAUUUGAUGCAGUUGUGAUGGUUUAUUUGUCAGUGAACAUGAUAAUUCAUUGUAAAAAUGGCUAUGAUCGCAAUCACUCGGAUUUGUCACUUCGACGAAAAAGCUGGUUUCUGGCUUGUGCGUUUCUGAAGAUGCUGUUUCAGGUGCUGUUAUGCCUGAAGCUCCAGUACAUGCAGUACAUGUCCAUGUACUUUGUAAUGAUUCCUUUCUGGGUUCUCACCCUUGGUACAUCAGUUGACUUGUUUACAGGACUUGUGAAAUAAUCUCAUUGACACCUGG